AGCUGGACUGAUCGUGUUUACCGGAGGCUGAGUUUGAGUCAGAGGAGCGCAGCUUCGAUCCGAUGAGUCCGGAGAGGCCGCCCGAGCAGCGGGGACCGCGGUGAGGCGCACCGGGACCGGCACCGGGACCGGGACUGGGACUGGGACUGGGACACAGCGCGCGGCGCAGCGCAGCGCAGCAGCGCUCUCCGAGGGCGCACCGGCGGCGGGACGCACACCGAGGUUUCCACUUCCUGUGACAUCAUCACAUCAUGCCUGAAGGGUCACGGCGCGGCAGCCAGAGAUCGUCCAGUAACGCAGCGGCAAGGCGUCCGUCCUCCGUCUCUUCUCUGAGUGGGAUUGUGGGUAGGAUGAUGUCGUCCGGCGAGCGAGGAGCCUCGUCGUCCUCCUGCACCUCCGUCAACACCGUCUGCUCGGACGGCGAGCGUCCCGCCUCCCUGUCCCUGUCCUCCUCGGCCUCCUCCGUGUCCCUGCAGGACGCCUCCCACUCCUCCUCAUCGUCCUCCUCCUCGUCCUCGUCCUCGCUCCCGUACGGCGCCGUGCCAACCUACAAUGCGUCGUCGUCCUCCACGCCAAAGAGGAAUGGCUCGGACAUCAGCCUGGACCUCACUCCGCUCGUCACGCCGCAUGGAGGAGCAGGAGGAGGAGGAGGAGGAGGAAGAGGAGGUGGUGCUGCUAAUGCUACAGGAGGACGACAGGCUUCUCUGGACAGCUCAACGGCGGCGGCGGCGGCGGCCACGCCCCGGCAGCUGUCGCGCCUGGAGCGAGUGGCUCUGGAGAUCGUGGAGACGGAACAGGCCUACGUCAGAGACCUGAAGAGCAUCGUGGAGGACUACCUGGGCUGCAUCAUUGACUGCGGCGCUCUGCCUCUCAAACCAGAGCAGGUCAGCGCUCUGUUCUGCAACAUCGAGGACAUCUACGAGUUCAACAGUGAUCUGCUGGAGGACUUAGAGAGGAGUCCUCACGCUGCCGCCAUCGCAGAGUGCUUCGUAGAGCGGAGUGAAGCCUUUGACAUCUAUACGCUGUACUGCAUGAACUACCCAAACUCGGUGGCAGUACUGAGGGAGUGCAUGAAGAACGAGACUCUGGUUCGUUUCUUCCAGGAGAGACAAGCGACUCUGAACCACUCGUUACCUCUGGAGACGUACCUGCUCAAGCCUGUGCAGAGGAUCCUCAAAUACCACCUGUUACUGCAGGAACUGUCCAAGCACUCGGACAAGAGCGGCCCCGGGUACGAGGUGGUGGAGGACGCCAUCAUCACCAUGACGGCGGUGGCCUGGUACAUCAACGACAUGAAGAGGAAGCAGGAGCACGCCGUGCGGCUGCAGGAGAUCGAGUCCCUGCUGGUGAACUGGAGCGGGCCGGACCUCAGCGGCUUCGGGGAGCUGGUUCUGGAAGGUUCCUUCAAGGUCCAGAGGGUUAAGAAGGAGCGGGCGUUCUUCCUCUUCGACAAGAUGCUGCUGAUCGCCAAGAAGCGGCUGGAACAGUUCGUCUACAGCACGCACAUAUUCUGUUGUAACCUGCUGCUGGUGGAGACGCUGAAAGACCCGCUGUGCUUCAGAGUGUCUGACCAGACCAUCCCCAAACAGCAGCAUGUGGUCCAGACCAAAAACCAGGAGGAGAAACGUCUGUGGGUCCAUUACCUCAAGAUGCUGAUCGUGGAAAACCAUCCGGCCUCACUGCCACAGAAGGCCAGGCAGGUCCUGGGAGACACCUUCUGUCAGUCUCCUCAGUUUGACGAACACCUGAAGAAACCAUCGGCUUUGCCGCGCCUGGACGAUGUUGUCGGUCACCACCGAGGAAGACGACAGUCAGAGCCUCCGGAGCUGCUCAUGUACACGCCUGAGAAGUCCAGGAAGAGUCUACCGCUGCUGCUGGACGGAAACCUGCCGUACCGCCGCAGCAGGAGGCGCUCAGCUCCAGCCAAAGACAUAGAAGCGGCCUUCCGUCCAAACGCUCUGAAGCAGGCGGGCAGCGACGGCGAGCUGUGUCCCGCCGACAGCCUGGGCUCGGCCGGCAGCAGCAGCACGCUGGCGUCCUCCGUCAUCGAGGUGGAGGUGGAGAGGAGCGAGUCCAGCCUGACGCCACAGCUGAAGAUGAACCCGGAGGGAGAGGAGGAAGAGGAUGAAGAGGAGCUGACCCCCCUCAGCCCUCCUCCAACUCUCUCCAUCACAGAGGAGAUCCUGGAGUUCAUCAACCAGAGCAGAGCGAGGGAGGGACUCGGCGCCAUCCAGGCAGACGCCGUGGAGCAAGUCCAGGAGCAGCCUGAAGACAAUCCACCUCCAUCGAACUUCACCUGCCCAUUGCCACCCCUUACCUGCCCCUCCACCGCAGAGCAAGCCCCAGCAAUACAGGAACCAGAGAGCGCUGCCACCGUCCAGGGUCAAAGCAGCGAAACUGACACCAUGACACAGGAAGUCCAAGAAACGGGAGAAACAGGAAGUGAAGAGGAAAACGGAACAGAGGUGCAGCAGGGAACACAAGAAGUAUUGGAGACACAAGAAGAGGAGGAGAAAGAAAGUGAUGAUCCAUCAGAACGCAGCAUCCUCACAACCCCGACAUCAGAUCUGCAUCCUUUCAUCUCAGUGGAGGAAGAGAAGGAGGGAAACCCCGAGCCCUCCCCCCUGAAGCCAGAGGUCAUCAGCCAGCCUGUCCAGAGGCGCCAGCCGCCGACCAGACGCUCCCACCUCACGAAGAGGGACAAGAAGAUCAUCGAGAAGAUCAGGAGCUACUACGAGGCCGCAGCCGAAGCCGAGGAAGACGAGGCAGAGGUGGAGGAGGAAGAGGAGGGGGAGGGGGAAGAGGUCCCACGGAGGAGAGACAGCUUCUCACAAAUCCCCUCAGGCCUGGUUAAAGACUCGGUGUCUCGCUUUGACUCGGGCGAACCCCAGGGGAAGCCAGAGAGUGAAUCAUCCAACAUAGAUGACAAAGGAGUGGAUGACCCGAUCUGUUCUGCGCCUCCAGAACCAUCAGAGCCGGCGAGUGACGUACUGGUAGAUGAACCCAUCAGCCCGGAUUCAGAGGCAGAGAGACCAGCUGAAACACCAACCGUCAGCGUGGUCCGAGACGAGGAAACACCCGAUCAGGCUGGUCUGAAUCUGCAAUCAAACGGAGAUGAAGCAGAGGCUGAGGAGACACAUGGGAGCAUCAGCAAAGACUCAUCAGUGGAGGAUCCGGAGGACAAUUCGACGGUUCUAGAAGCUGAAGACCAAAGAGGAAACACAGCAGAUCCAUCUGAACAAGACCAGAGCAAAUGCAGGGACGAAGCACCGAAAGCUGGAGACCAGGCGGUCAGCCCAACAGAGCCACACAGAGGCCAGAAAGAACCUUCUGAGACCAGAACCAAAAGCAGGGAUCUCUCCAAGACCAGCGGGAACCUGGAGGGUCUUCCUAGCCAGAUAAAAGUGGGCCGGUGGUCUCGCCACUCCCGGAUUGUCUCCGCUAACCGUGUCUUGUUUGAGAGCAUGGGAUCGGACGUAUCCGGUAUCGGGUUAUUCGAAACGAGCCCCACAGUGGACCCUGUUCUGAUGGAGAACUCAGAGCGGAUCCUCAGCAAAGUUCAGACAUUGGCCCAGAUGUACAGCGCCAAAGCCAGCACCAUGAAAGUACCACUGCACCAGAAACUGGCUGGAAGUGUUCGAAACCAGUCCUGGCUCUCAGCCAGACCCUCAAGUCAGGUCCAGACCAGAGGCCAGAAACAGCAGCACUCUCAGGUUCAAACUCAGAGUCCAGCUCAGAACCAGAUUACAGUGGAAGUCCGUCAGUCUGAGACCUUCACAGAGACCGGAGAUGGAGCCCACACUGGACCCCAAACCAAAGCUCAGAGUCCGACCAGGACUCACAGCCAGUACCAGAGACAGGCCAGGACCUACAGCCCGUGCCCGAGCCAGACCAGGACCCUGGAGGGCCAGAAGGUCCAGGAAGCUCCGAUGAUAAAGAGAGCAGAGAGCCAGUCGGAGGAUUUACAGAAGUCUGUGACGACACCCUGUGAGCCGCUGCUGUUCGGUCAUCUGCUGGUCAAAGAGCAGCUGACGUCUCACCACCAGACCAAUGGACCUGUCCUCUCCAGACCCAGGGACUUCAUCUCUGCCUUGACCAAAGAGAGUGAUCCCAGCGUGGGUGAAAACCUCCAGAGUUCCUCCCCGGGAGAUCCGCUGUCUGAGCUCAGAAGCCAGUCUUCUGUCAACGGCGGUGACCCCCAGGGCCCCUCAGGCCAGACGUCCUCAGAUCCCACAGCAUCCAUCACCUUCAGGACACCAACUGAAGACCAGAGCUUUGGUUUGUGCUGCUCUGCCAGUAACAUGCUGCUCCUCUCCACCGUGGCUGUGGGGUGUGGAGCCCCUGAAGACCAGAUUCAAAACAGAGAUUCAACUAAUGCAGCCCACAGAACAGAAAGGUUGGAAGAGAACGCCGGACGCCAUCUUUACUCCGUCAGAGAAGACUUCACGUCUGUAAAUGUUGUUAGUGAGCCGACUCAGUCGGAGUCUGUUCAAAACAUCCUGCAGAGAAAAGUUUCCAGAGAUGGAGAGGAAGAGGACGGAUGGCGGCCGGACGCACCAACUGCAGAAUAUCCAGGACGCCUACACCUCCCAGGACUAAGAGAUGUGUCAGGCGAUCCUGAAUACUCACCUCCCGAAGACCUCCUGAAGACCUCCAGCUCCCUGCUGCUGCAGCCGGGGCCGAGCAGGGAGCAGCUGGAGGUGCUCUGCCUGCCUGAGGGGGGCGCCGCCACGCUGGAGAUCUCCUGGAGCCUGAACGACCAAGUGAAAGGAGCAGGAGAUGACGCGGCGCCUCUUCCAUGGUCUUCAGAGCCUAGCUCCACCCAAUCGAGGCCUCCGUCCGUUCGGACCGUCGACCGACUCCCAACGUUCACCAGCCAGAGGCCCACUGACCUGCCGACGGCGCCGGGACAGCGAGCUCCGCCUGACUGCUGGGCUGUUGGCUCCACCCGGCAGGGUCAGAGGGAAGGGGAGGACUUCAGCCUGAAUAUCUCUGGAGCCUCUGGCUUGGUGAACCUGCCCGACACGACCGCUGCUCCUCCCACAUCCUCCGCCUUCAAACCCAGGCAGCGGUCACCUUCUCCUCUGAGAGCUCCUCCCACUUCCUCGCCCUCACCGUGCCCCUCCCCCUCCCCCUCCCCCUCCUGGUCCAUGCGGACACCUCCGUGCUCCUCGCCCUUCAGGGUCAUUCCGGCGUCCUCUCCGGUCCUUCUGUCUCGGGGAGGUUUCACCUCUCCGGUGACAGCCCUGCAGGCCCUCUCCUGUUUAUCUCCCCCACCUCCUCCGGGCAGGGCGUCCUCCACCAGAGCGCCUCCUCCGCCCUCUCCCACUCCGUCCUCCUCCCUCCGUUCUCCUCCGUGUUCGUCCCCCGUCGCUUCAUCUUCUGCUUUCACCAGAUCUUUAGCUGCCUCCUGCAUCAGCCAGUCCAUCAGUCAGAGUAUGUCCAAAAACAAGCAACAGGCUCCGCCCACAAAUGCUCCCGCUCCGCCUUUACCGUCCACUCACCUGUGGCGGUGCUCCCCCUCUCUGAAACCCGCUGCCAGUCAGCAAGGCACCAGCACAGCGGCGUUCGGAUCCACGAAGGAUGGGCAGCAGCCUCCAAGGCAUCCCUCAUUUCCCCCCCGGUCCUCGCCGUCCCCCCUGUUCUCCCAGCGGCCCCCCUCUCCAUCCAGCGGUCGGGCCAGCCACCACCCUCCUCCAUCCCCUCGUCCCUCAUCCUUCCUUCACUCCAAACUGGAUUCAUUACAGAAUGCAAACAACAACAACUCUGCUGCGUUCCCCUCUGCGCUCGCCAGCAGCGUUCCCGGCGUGGCGGUGAACGGGGGAUGGCCGGGAGGCCCACAGAGAGCGCCGCUCACUAACGGGGACAUAAAGCAGCAAACCCACGACCCUGUCUGGCCCGGAUCCCACAACCGUGUGGCUCGACCUUUCUCCGCGUCCGAACCCAACUCCCGAGUUCAGUCCCCGUCACCGUCCCCAGUCCCCGCCUCCUCCACCCGCCUCUGCUCUCCGCCCCCGCAGCACAACUACUCCUCCCCCAUGGCCAACAAGCCGCCGCACCCUCGGAGCGCCCGGGCGGGAGGCGCCGGCUGCCAGAACCCGCUGGGUCUCACUGUGGAACUGCCCAGGACUCCUUCGUUGUCCCUGAGCCCGCAGAUCCUCUCACCGCCGCCGAUCGGUGUGUCCAUGAAUGUUUGGACGAACAGCGUAGCUGUUCCUCAGCCAAGAAAUGCCAGAUAUGCUCCCGCGUUUUCCUCCACCUUAGGAAGCCACCCGUCUGAUGCUUCUCCCUUCCCCUCUUCUUCUUCCUCCUCAUUUGUUCCGCGGAGUGGCUCCAGAGCCUCCUCGCCUUCUGGACUUUGUUCUUCUGCCUCCCAGAGCCUCCGGAGGUCUUUCUCGUCCAGCUUGGCGGACAGGCCUUCCAGUCCAGCCCUGAGCGGCGCUGGGCAGCGGCGCUCCUGGGCGGACGGCAGCCGGAGGCCCUCCGGCCUGAACGGCGGCAGCCGCGGGUCCCUGGAGCAGCAGGAGUCCUGUCCGGUGAGUCCCUGGAGUGGCCGCUCGUCGUACAGCAGCUCCCCGUCCUGCCUCAGCCCUCGAGCCGGGCAGCAGUCCCCGCUCGCCACCCCGGGGAUGGGUGCUGCGGGCGGGCAGCACUUCACCAGCGUGACCUGGCCCGACGUGAGAGAGCUCUCCAGCCAAUACAGCAGAACCGAGAGCCCGGAGGCGUCCGCCGUCAUCACCUCGCCUCCUGCCCCCGCCACCUUCCUCCCCACCCCGGCAGAGUGGGCGGAGCCGGAGCCGGAGGAGGGUAGCUGCCGCAGCCAGCUGAUCUGCGCCUACGUCACCCGACCGCCCCGCGAGCCGACGCCCUCCUCGUCCUCCUCCCGCCUGGUGCUCUCCUCCCCUCCACCCUCCCCCUACCAGCACCACAACCACCAACCCCAUCCCUCACCCCCCACAGCUCCGCCGACGUCCACACCCUUUCCCCUCCCGGCCCCCAGCAAACCGGGCAACCAGAAGGCGAGCUACGCCACCACCGUCAACCUGCAGAUCGCCGGGAGCGGGCGGAUCACCUCCUUCAGCACCGCCCAAGUGAGCCUCACCCAAACCCUGCAGGGCGGGGGAGGGGGCGGCGCCGGGGGGCCGGCGCCGGGGCAGAUGGCGAGGAGAGUGAGCAUCAAUGGACUUUCACACCUUCCUCCUCAGAACUGCAACCGGCUGUGAAAGGAAGAGCGGACUCACCCGACCAGCUGCCUGAAUCGGGUCCCCGAUAAGAACCCGGCUGCCAACCGAGCGUCCGGGCCGGGAAGCUGCUCCUUUCAGGACGGAUGACGAGAACUCCACCAACAUGACCCCCACAUUCCCCCGGCACGGUGGGAACGUUUGGAAUGUCAGCGGACUUUGAUCACAAAAAGGAAAAUCUGGAAAUGAUGAAAGUCUCCGGCUGAACCUGAUAAACACUUCCUCCUUCAGCCUGAAUUACGACUUAUUUUUUUUUCACUUCCGAGAAAGUCUGCCGUCCUUCCUGGGAAAAGACUCGGUGAUGUUGCAUCAGAUGAGGACGGUCCGGUUUCCCGUCACAGCCUGUUUCCCAUAUUGAAUGUUUGAGGUUUCUGUGGUCGAUAAUAAUCUCUUCCGCCACUUUUUCCUCUUGUCUAUUUAUGAUGUUAUUACGUUCUCUCUGGCACUUCCUGUCCUGUCGGUCACGUUGAUGUCGUUGCACAAUGUCCUCAGCUCGUGUGUGUGUGUGUGUGUGUGCGUGUGUGCGUGUGUGUGUGUUUCUCUGCCAUGUUGGGUCCACUGAGAUUUCAUUUGAGUUGGGAACUUUUCGGUUUGUGUCUGAAGGUGGCGCCGGACGUGGAGGCGUCACGCCACAGAGCGGUGACGUUUGCACACCGGCCCAUUUCCACGGUGACGAUUUCCAGUCAACAUCCAGAACUUCCAUUACAUUUCUCCGUUUGCACAACACGCUGACUACAUGAUUUUCAGCGUUUCUGCUGUUUCCAUGUAAACAGACGGAACUGAAAACUGUUCCAAAACAAAACAGGAGGACUUUUCUCUUCAGAAAGAGUGUAAAAAAAAUCUUAGCAUUAUUUAGUGUGUGUGUGUGUGUGUGUGUGUGUGUGUGUGUGUGUGUGUGUGUGUGUGUGUGUGUGUGUGUGUGUGUGUGUGUGUGUGUGUGUGUGUGUGUGUGUACGUGUGCAAUUUUACAUAAUAGAUCUGCAAGAAACUAAUGUACAUAAAUGUAUUGAUCCCAUAAGGAAUUUUUAUGUUUUAGCUUGAUUGUAAUGACGUGUCUGUUGAGGUGGCAUUUAACUUCAGACCAAAGGUGUGUGUGUGUGUGUGUGUGUGUGUGUGUGUGUUCUCGUAUUUCUAUCCUUGUUGGGGCCAAAUGUCCCCACAAGGAUAGCAAAACGUGGAACGACGUGCCUUGUGGG